UUUGUCGUCAUUUUAUCUCAAUAUUCCAUGAUUACUGCGAAAAAAAUCGCAUUAAAUCUUUGCCAAAUUCGUUAAUUUACUGUGAAAUUGUGAAAAACAGCUUUGAAGACAUAAAAUAACAGAAAAAUGAGCAGCUCCGAGGAGGUAUCCUGGAUCGCUUGGUUUUGCACGCUUCGAGGCAAUGAGUUUUUCUGUGAGGUUGACGAAGACUACAUAAAUGAUAAAUUUAAUCUAACCGGCUUAAAUGAGCAAGUUCCACAUUAUAGAGAGGCGCUGGACAUGAUUCUGGAUCUGGAGCCAGAUGAUGACAUUGAAGACAAUCCAAAUGAAUCUGAUCUGGUGGAACAAGCAUCGGAGAUACUAUAUGGAUUGAUACAUGCCCGGUACAUAUUGACCAAUAGGGGCAUUAGUCAAAUGUUGGAUAAGUUCCAGUCUGGGGAUUUUGGAUAUUGCCCACGUGUAUACUGUGAAUGCCAACCUAUGCUGCCAAUUGGUUUGUCGGACGUUCCCGCCGAAGCGAUGGUGAAGCUGUACUGCCCGCGCUGCAUGGACGUGUACACGCCCAAAUCCUCGCGCCACCACCACACCGACGGCGCUUACUUCGGCACCGGCUUCCCGCACAUGGUGUUCAUGGUGCACCCCGAUAAACGACCAAAACGACCUGCCUCUCAAUUCGUACCAAGACUAUACGGGUUCAAGAUUCACCCGCUCGCCUACCAAAUCCAGCAGGCGGCUGCGAACUCCAAGCCGCCGCAGCGCAGCCUGUCGUACAACAACGAAACGAAGACAUCAAGUAACAUUCCAAAAUGAUUUAAUAAACGACGUGAGCUCAGCAGACGGCCAGUGACGCCGGCAGCCACUGACAUACAAUAUGCUGACAGCUGUAUUCUUAAAAUAAUUGUAUUAUUAUCUUUAUUUACAUUUUAUAAUGUUAAACAUAUUUCAAGC